AGUACCGCCGCGAAAUAUUUCUUCUGAUUUGAGGAGUCGAUGUAAUUUAUUUAUUUCUUGAUGUAUAUGACUUGCCAUUCUUUGUAAUCACAAAGGAAGUCAUCUGCAGCUUUGUCUGCAAAAAAUGGCAAUGCCGUCAUUCAGCCUCGACGGCAACGUGCCAGACGACAUCCUGUUCUCCAUCUUUUCCUUCCUGCCCAUACCGGAUCUGGUCCGGUGUGCCAAUGUGUGCAGGCGAUGGCGCAGAAUCGUGUCGGACUAUUCCCUCGUGUGGAAGGGGAAGAGGUACGUCAGCAAUAGAAGUCCGAGGGAAUCCACCGAGGUGUGCGCCGUCUUGUGCAUCGUACCACUGUUGCAAGAACUCGAUGUCAAGGUGACCAAAAUGUUUGAGGUGAAAAUUAUCUACCCACAGUUGUUUUUGUCAGUAACAAACGUCUGUGACCUGAGAGCUGUGCGUGACUGCCAAAGAGUGGGGUGUACGUAUUUAUCGACCGAUCUCAACGUCGCAGAGGUCAUCUUCUCUUCUCAGUCACUUAUCGAUUUUGCGGCACUCGAGAAGCUGCAGAUCAUCGGAGGAAAUCCGACGCUGACACCCUUCAAGCCAGACACCAGGGCAGAAUGCGCCGUCGGCUCAGCCCUGGAGCUGUGCCCGAAUCUCAGAGAGCUGAACAUAAACGUAGAGGCCCUGUCGGGAGACUACUUGGACUGUUUGGAAGGGGUCAGCCGGUUGAAGACUCUCAGAAUCAACUGCCGCGGCCUGGAGGAACUGACGUUCCUACGGCACUGCUCGGACGCGCUGGAGGAACUGGAAUUGGAAAGUUGCGACGACUUGCCGCCGGCCGCAUACUCGGAGCUACGGCAUCUCGGGAACGUGAAGAAGUUGCGACUGUGCGACUGCCGCGCGGAGGCAGAGGCCCUGGAAGCGGCCGCGGGGGGUCUGAGGUCUCUCGUGUCGCUGCAGUUGGACCGCUGCAGACUGCUCUCGGACCUGUCCUUCCUGCGGCUCUGCAGCCAGCUGCGGGAGCUCCGCGUCGAGGCUAAGGACGGGCCGCCGACGGGCCUGCAGUGCCUGCCCGCCAGCGUCCGCUCGCUCUGCCUCGUCGACAACGCCGCGACUGCCGACGAGUUGUCCGACGUGCUGCAGCGCCUGUCACUGCGCGAGGAACUGAAGCUCUGCAAAGUGGAUCUGGCCCACCUGGGCUUCCUGCGCCACUGCCCGCGGUUGCACCGCCUCUACCUCGAGAGCUCGACCUGGCCCGACACGUCGGUGCUGUCGAGCCUGUGCCACCUGACGCGGCUCGAGACGCUGGUCCUGAGGAGGUGCAGGGUCGACGCAGACGUACUCUCCCAGACGGUGUCGUCACUGCCGCAACUGCACACUCUGUCGCUGGCCUACGUGGAGGACGUCACCCACUUGCGGUUCCUCAGGCACUGCCCCCAGCUUCACACCUUGUCGCUUUUCUGCGUCUUCGGGUUGGAGUCGAAUGCUUACUGGGAACUGUGCCACCUGAAUAACCUGGAGCAGUUGUGUGUCAGCGUAUUAGUGCGCGACGUUGUCAGUGAUAUCAUCCGACCGUGUCUGCCCCGAGUAAAAAUUUAUUGCUCGGAACAGUUUAUAUAA